AGCUAGGAAUAGCAACAUUGUGUUGUAAUAAGCAAAUUUCCCAUUCCUUUUUUCCUCAUUUCCUCCCUUUCAUAUGGUCUGCACAAAAUAAAUAAUCCUUCAUUUUUUCUCAAAAACACAUAGUAAUGUCUAACGAUUGCGGAAACAAAGAGCAUGAACUUCAAAGCAAAGGGUUCAUGCUCUUUGGUGUUAGAGUGAUAGAAGGUGGAACUUGUUUUAGGAAAAGUGCUAGCAUGAACAACCUUGUUCUAUUUGAACAGCAACAACAAGAUUCCAACGUCGCCGCCGGCUAUGCUUCUGAUGACGUUGUUCAUCCUUCUGCUAGGAGCCGUGAACGUAAACGAGGAGUUCCAUGGACAGAGGAAGAGCACAAACUAUUUUUAUUAGGAUUGCAGAAAGUAGGGAAAGGUGAUUGGAGAGGAAUUUCAAGAAACUUUGUCAAGACAAGGACCCCUACUCAGGUGGCCAGUCAUGCUCAGAAGUACUUUCUCCGCCGAAAUAACACGAAUAACCGCCGACGCCGCCGCUCUAGUCUUUUUGACAUCACCACUCAUACUGUUCAAACUGUUGCUAAAUUGGAAGAUAAGCAAAUGAAUCAAAACACCAUAGAAAAGUUUCCAAUGUCAGCAUUCGAGCAGGCAAAGUUAUCUGGAAACUGUGAAAGCUCGACAAAUAACUUAAUGAUAGGACUGAACAAAUCCGUGAAGCCCAUUAGGUCAAUACCAUUUCUCCCUGUCCCUCCCUCAUCAAAAAUGGAAAAUCUCAAUUUAAACAAGACAUAUGACCAAGAAUCAUCUCCUUUAUCACUCAAGCUGUCCACAUCGACGUCGUCAUCGGACGAAAAAUCGCCUCCGGCGAGACAUUCAUCGGGUUUCCAGGCAAUGUCAAGUGGGUUCAAUGGCAAUACUAGUGGGGAUAGCAUAAUUAGUGUGGCUUGAAUAAGGAUUGGAUUUGAUUCGUUUUCUUAAUUAAAAAUAUCUGUGAUGUAAAGUGGGGUUUAGCUAGAUAAGAUUAGACAUUAAUGGGGGUUAGACUAUGAGAACAUAUUAAUUAGGUGGUUGAUAAUGAUUCCUUUUGUUAUGUAUAGAUGGUGUCAUUUUCAACAGUUAUGAGGAUUUCUUGUUUUGUAUUA